GGGGCAAUGAAUUGCUGCAAGUGAUUUUAUCCUGAAUUUGUGUCACUGCCAACACUAGUGUUGAUUUGGAAAAAGAGUUAUUUGAUUAAUUCUACCUGCUGGUUUUUUUUUUGAAUCCUUAGUGAUUGUUGGGAAAUAUUUGCUAUGAUGAUCUUAUUCUUGAUGCAUGGGUCAGUCUUAUAGUAUAGUCCAACAGUGACCAGCAGUUUUAUUGCAGGUGUGGUUAUGGAUUCUGAUUUUGAAUCUGGUGAAAUGGGUGAUCCAGAUGAAGGGGGGCAAGGGAUAACUUCUGGUGGUGUGGCUGAUGCUCUUCCCCCUCUGAACUGUAUGACACUGAAAGUUCCUAACUCCGCUGAGAGACUUGCUGCCAUGUCUCCAAUUAAAACUAUUGAAACGGUAGAGACAAUUGUCUCAACCAAUCAGAUUAGCAUGUACAGUUAUGUUGAAUCACCUAGGUUAGGGAUGGUUUUCAAAUCCUUUGAAGAUGUAGAAAGCUACUACAAAGAGUAUGCUGAGCAGAAAGGUUUUGGGGUAACCCGAGUUUCAUCAUCAUUUUCUAAGAAGGAUAAGGAGGAGCGUAGAGGGGCUACAUGGAAGUGUGAGUGUUGGGGUCCACCUGAUAUGAGGGCAAGGAGGGAGGCCAAGAAAAGGGCAAAGGCAAUGGAAUUAUGUGGCACGGAAGGGAUGGUUAAUGGUGAAAUAGGGGAAGAUAUCAUGCAGCGGGCGAAAAGGACCUCCAAGAAAUGUGAGUGUGGUGCCAUGUUAUAUGCCGGGGUUGACAAUGAUGGGUUGUGAGUUAUAAGGAAACUGAAAAAUGAGCAUGAUAACCAUAACCCUAAACCUAGUGAUGCUAAGUUGGUGAAGGAAUAUCGAAUGAAGAACUACACGUCGAAUGUGAAGAAGAAACUUUUGAACUACUAUGAAGAAGGUGUCCCUAUAAGGCAAAUUCAUGGGUGUAUGGCUACGGAGACCGGGGCUGAUAACCUACCUAGUGUUAAGGACCUUGAGCAUGAAGUGAGUAAGGAGAAGCGGUUGAAAAUGGAAGGUGGUGACGCGGCUGCAAUGAUGGCAUACUUUGAUCGUAUGCAAGCGGAUAAUCAGAAUUUCUAUCAUGCACACCGCUUAGAUGAAGAGGGCCGACUCAAGGACGUAAUGUGGGUCGAUGCUCGUAGUAGGGUGGCAUAUGAAGAUUUCGGGGAUGUUGUUUAUUUUGAUGCCACUUAUUUAACUAACGAGUACGCGCUACCUUUUGCCAACUUUGUAGGGGUUAAUCACCACGGCCAAUCUAUAUUGUUGGGUUGCGCUCUUGUGUCCAAUGAAGAUUGUGACACAUUUGGUUGGGUUUUUAGGCAAUGGCUCUCUUGUAUGGGGAAUAAACAACCCAGGGCAAUCUUGACAGAUCAAGCUGCAGCAAUGCGCAAGCCUUUAGCACAAGUGAUGCCUAAUGCUCGACAUCGUUGGUUCAUUUGGCACAUAAUGAAGAAAAUCCCAGAGAAGCUUGGAAGUUGUGAACACUACCAAGAUUUCAAGAGCCCUCUUAAGGCUCUUAUAUACGAGAGCUUCACGGUUGCUGAGUUUGAGCGUCGCUGGUCAGACUUAAUGAAGCAUUUUGAACUAGAGGAGAAUGAAUGGUUAGGUGAUUUGUUUGAGGAAAGGCACAUGUGGGUCCCAGCCUUUAUGAAAGAGCACUUUUGGGCGGGGAUGAAGACAACACAGAGGGUCGAAAGCAUAAACAGUUUUUUUGAUGGGUUUGUGAACAGGAAGACAAAGCUUUACGAAUUCCCGGAGAAGUACACUAGGGCAAUGGGAAGGCGUGUUAAAGCUGAAUAUGAGGCGGAUGCUCGCUGUGGCAAAUACUUGAGGCGUCUCGUGAGUGGUUUUUAUGUUGAACAAUUUUUCCGGGACAUCUACACUGACACCAAGUUCCAAGAGAUUGAAAUAGAGUGUUGUAGACUUAUGCAUUGCUCUGGGAGGGAGGAGCGUGCCCUCGAAGGGAACUUGAUUCAGUACCUACUUGAAGAUCGGGUCUGGAUCAUCCCAGAAGGGAAGAGCGAAGAAGAGAUAACUGAUAGGAGACGAUUCUACUGUGUCCUAUUCAACACAGUGACAAAGGACGUAUCCUGUGAUUGUCGGAAGUUCGAAACCUUUGGUAUUCUUUGCAGACAUAUUAUCCAAGUUUAUGAUCAGAAUUUGGUUUUUGAAAUUCCUUCCAAGUAUGUACUUGACAGGUGGCGCAAAGAUGUCCCUCGGAAACAUACCCGGGUUAAGUUAACUACCACGAUCCAAGUGAAGAGUACUCUAUCCAGAUUUAUAGGAAAUUGAUGGCGGAGUUUGAGCCUAUAUGUGAAGUUACUGCUGCUGUUGAUGACAAGGACACAGUAGCUCUUGUUUUACAGUCUCUUCAAUCACUUUCUUUGGAUGUUAAAAAAAGUAGAGAGAAUUACUUUGAACAACAACCUUCCCUACCGACCUUACCGAGAACCCUUGUGCCCCCUCUGAGAUAGGUUCAAACAACCCUCAGGGCUGCCAAACACCUUUGUCAGUAUCGAAAUCUGAUGGAGAAGAAGUGCACCCUGCUCCAGCACCUAUUGUAGUGAAGGAUCCUGUUCCGAAGAAACCGCGUGGACGGCCGAAGGGGUCUAGAUAUAAAUCUAGAGCUGAGAUGGGCUACAAGAAGAGUUUAUUUGGACAUCUUGUGAUAAUUUUUUUUUUUAACAUCUUUUUUUACAUCUUAACAGGCUAAGAGGAAAAAACCAUAUGGAGUACAGGUCCAGAAUACAAUUGAAAAUUAUUAUGAAUAUGUUGCAGAUGUUGGCGCGGCUGAUGACUUUGUACAGCGUAACGGGUUAAACUGGGGAUCUGCACUUUCAGAAACCUUUUAAGUACACUGUGAUUGCAGCAGACAUCACCACCGCUUGAUUUAGCACUUUCACUGGGGUCUGGUAUAUGGUGUUCAUCAUAUUAUUUAGUGCAUUUAAAAAAUGUUGUUGACUAGAACCCUCUAUGAUCCUAUAUAUAUGUUGUGGUGAUUGAUAUGUAAUGUUUUGGACUUUUAAACAUCUCACAAAACCCUUUAUGAUCCUAUAUAUAUUAUGUGGUGUAUGGGAGUUAACAUAUAUGGUAUAUCUCCAUUUUAACACCCAUACAUAGCAUAAUUAGAGGGGGUCAAAUCCAUAAUGGCCAAGUACGUAGAAGCCACAAAAGUUAAGAAACAUGGAGUUCAAAUUUGCCAGCCACAAAAUAUUACAAGCAACGGUGCGAAAACUAAUUGUCCAACCACUGAAGCAACGAAUUGAAAUUAAGAGACAGAGACUACCACAUUGCUUAACUAUAUUACAAACAAAAGGCGUGGUCGUGCAAUUCACCGUUCACCCACAUCUGACUCCAGUGACAACCAAAAGCAUUAUCCUACCCUCCAACAGCAGACCUCUUGCCAUAACCCAAAUCAAGGCUGACCGUUUGGCGCCACAAUCACUUUGUCGCCAUUUUUGAUUUCAGCAUCCUUGAUUAAAUUAAUCGAUUAUGUAUUCCUGUGUGAUUUAAUCGAUUAUGUAUUGUUACAUGAUUAAAUCGAUUAUGUAUUGUUACAUCGUAAUGUCCCUAUU